CAACUACUGUCACUACAUCUCGAGUUUCGCGUCCCACUUUGGGAACGAGCGAUGCAUGACGGUGGGCAGUACUACAGAGCAGACGAGACUCCGGUCGAGAAGGGACCAAGGGGACUAUGAUUACCUGAUAAUAUCUGAUGUCGCUAUCCCUGUAUAGACUUUAGAGUACAGUAAAGAUGUGCCUUGCUUUGUCCACAUAAAUUGAAUAAGACACAUAAUACACAGUUAUCGAACCUGUCGGUAGUGGAUGGGAAAUAUUUGAAUGCUAGUCUCUUGAAAUACUUCGAUGACAGUGUCUUCAAGAUUAUAAGAGGCAUCUACGACGUCAUCACUAUGCCAUCUUUAAGACGAUCUAAAGAUUAUAUUCACAUCGAGGUCAACAAAGAUGUAAAACCUGGAGAUAACCAAGCUCGAUUUUCUGGUUUUGAAUACCUGGACAAAGACCAAAGGUACAUUCAGGUGGAAGCAGAUAUAAAAGCUAUCACAAAGCAGUUAAAGAGUCUGUUUGCCGAAAGUGACAUCUCAAAGGAUAUGAUUUCAGUUAUGAGUAAUAUCUUCUUUUUGUUAGAAGAAUUGCGACCUGAAAAUAUUCAGAAUUCUUUAACUUUUCAAACCUUCGGCGCUCUCAUUGAGGCCGGAACGGACGAAACAUUGACGUCGCUCUAUGAAGGACGCAGUAAAGUAUCCUGUGAUAAGGAAUCCUGCAAUAACGACCAAAUCACCAAGGAUCCUAAAACAGAGGGAAAUAGUUCCCCCGGAACAACCAAAGAACUUGUAACAAUUCUCUUUGAUUAUAAAAGUGGUCGUGAUUUUAUUCCAGCUUUAUCCGAUAAAGGGAGCACUACCAUGUUUAGUCGAAUGGAGAAGCAGGUUAAUGGAAUCAAAAUCAUUUUGGCCAAGUCGAGAAGCAAUUGACCGAAUCUAUGAAAGCGAAUGUUACGUCAUAGCAUAACUUGCAAUUGUCAAUCCAGAUGAUAGGAUAGAUUUUUUGCAUUGGAUUUAACAACGCAGAGAUGAUUCUCUCUUCCACGUUUUCAGAUGGACAAAGACUAUGUUUCUUGAUUUUAAAGUCGUUACAGAAAGGAUACCUGAAAGAGUUUUUAGAACGAUUGACUAGCUAUCAUUGGAAGACGGCAUUUUACUAUACCUUGGAAACAACCGAGUUAGAAAUGUUUGCAUCACAUUCCGGAAUCUUUAUUGCAUUGGAGAAGGUUCUUAAUUUCAUGGUUACCUAUCUUAAACGGCGCUUUCUACGACAUUAUUUCAUAAGCAGUAAUUUAAUUGCUCAUUUAUUAGCGGAAGAUUCUCGCCAAAUCAUCUCUGCAAUACAAGCCAUCAUAUCGGAUCCAGUAAAAGCUUUAGAUGUUUAUUAUUUUCACGAAACGGACGAUGGGAAACUCGUUGAUCAAAUUCCGAACGAUCAAAUUGAGGACUUGAGACACCAAGAAGGCGAUUCUUCGCGGAAAACCCACGCGGAAGCAAUCGUUUCGUUGGUUAGUCGUCUCCAAACUGGCACAGGCAACGAUUCUUCUAAGUUUGUGGCGGCCAUUGUUGAUACUUUGGCCGUUGUUGCAAAGGCUGAGGCAAAUUUCGAUUGCUAUGCUCAUGCGUUUUACUCUUAUAUUCCUCAAAUCAUUGGUGAUUAUUUGAACACGAAAUUUCAAACAGGGGAAGACCGAAAGAGAAAGCUCAAAGAAUUUUCACCAAUAAUUAAAUUGUAUCUGUGCAUUCUUUUGGAUGAUAUAUUUAUCAGUCACUUUAACACGCAGUGUCGUAUAAAGCUUUUUAUCUGUAACGUACUUUUUUGCGUGUGAGAAAUUUUAGCAAGGAUUGCAAGAACUUCAUCGUCGUGGAUAUUUCUUGUUUGAACUAGUCCUGACCAAGACUUCUAAUGUAAAUUUUGUGUUAUGCACUGGAUAAUGUUUGAUGCAAAUAAAAACUCGGUGUGAAAUAGAUUAUUGCAGUGAAAAAGCGGCGAAAAAAAUUCAACGCGAAUUUAAUAUUGGUUUACACUUUAUUUUAAUAUUAGAUUUGAUUUUGAUACGAUCUCUUUAUAGUACAUCGAGGACUAAUUGUAGGUCUGUAGCUCCCGGUCGGAAAAAAAUCGGAGAGGCGAACUUUGAUUCAACAUUCAUGUAGUUAUACUUAGUGCAACAGGGCUCAAAUUGUAUGGAAUACAAUCCGGGGUAAAUACCCGUAGAUCCUUGAGUAGACCUUGAUAACGAGUUUAUUUCCUAUGUUAUAUAAAAUUUAAAAUUAUUAGUUAAUU